UGCCAUGACGCCUACUGGUGGGACCUGUCGCUGCAAAACGCGGAAGCUAAAGUAGAUAAUCUACCAUUCGUAGUUAAACAAAUAGAAAUAUGGUUAGCUCCUCAUUGACGUAUAGAUCAAGGAUACAGUACACAAUGUACCGUAUAUAAUAGUUGUAUUCUGGUCGAGUGAAGGUCGCGAUACAACGUUUGUUUUGGCAUCCCUAAGGUCUUUCAAUUAAGUAUUCUCACUUUGGCUAGACGAGCAAGAGAAUGGACAUUAAAGAAAAAACGAUUACCAUAUUGAAACGAUAUGAAAUCGGGAGCAAAUAUUCAUAUUUGCCGGUUCUGCCCAAAGCGGCUGUGUUGAUACCCCUCUUCCAGAGAGAUGGAGAACUACACGUGUUGAUGACACUUCGUUCUUUAGAGCUGAGGAGCAAUGCCGGCGAAGUGUGUUUUCCGGGGGGUAAGCGGGAUCCCGGCGACCGAGAUGACGUGGCCACCGCUUUGAGGGAGGCAGAGGAGGAGCUAGGUCUCCCACCUGACCAGGUGGAGGUAGUCUGCUCACUGUUCCCUGUGAUGAACCAGAGGGGUCUUCUGGUUGUCCCGGUGGUGGGCUUCAUAGACGAGUCGUUUGCCCCUCGUCCAAACCCGGCGGAGGUCAGUGCCGUGUUCACAGUCCCUCUGGAGUUCUUCACCAAAGCGGGGGCCCACUCUGCCUACAACCCCACUGGCCUGAGCACCCCGCUGCACAGCUUCCUGUACCAGGACCCCAAGUCUGGCAUCUCCUACCAGGUGUGGGGCCUCACCGCGAUGCUGGCCAUCCUGGUGGCCAGCCUGGCCCUCCAGAACAAGCCAGAAUUUGAUGCGGGGUUUGACUCUGACAACCCAAUAACUUUCUUCCAACAUAAUCUGAACAAGAGGAUCAAUAAACUAUGAUUAUUUUCUGUUUUUCCUGGAUGUAAGCAUAGUGGUUCUGCCUACAACCUAAAGACGAAUGCAUGCUUAUAUCUAGUAUCCCUCCUAAACUUGAAGCUAUUUUUGGCCUGUCUUGCACAAAUUCCCAGUUAAGGGUUCUUACUGAUUCUAUUCUCUUUAACUGACAUACUUACACAUUUUAAAGUCUCAUCAUUAGUCAUUAUGCAUUUUUUUCUAUAUAUAAUCAAAUCAGGUUUUACAUAUUUAGAAGAUUUAGAAAAAACUUCUGAUAUAAAUAAGAAUAUAUAUAUAUAUAUACUGUAUAUUUUUAAAGCAGCAAAAUACGUUGAUAUCUUUAUUAAUUGUUAAAUGUAGCAGCAGGAUUACAGAAAUAUAAUAUACAAAUGUCCAGACAAAGGCAAAAUACACCAUAUAGCCAAACGUAUGUGGACAUAUGACUAACACCUAUAUGAGCUUGUUGGACAUCCCACUCCAAAACCAUGGACAUUAAUAUGCAGUUGGGAUACAUCAUGUUCCAUCUAACAUCAUCUGCAAGCCAGGUCUAAUCACCCAACAUCAGUGCCCAACCUCCUUAAUGCUCUGGUAGCUGAAUGGAAGCUCUUCCCACAUCAAUAUUCCAAUAUGUAUUGGAAAGCCUUCCCAGAAAAGUGAAGGCAGUUAUAGAAACCAACUCCAUAUUAAUGGAGUGGUUUAGGAAUGAGGAGUUCAAUAAGCACAUGUCUGUGUACUGAGCAGUGUCUACAUACUAUCUGCUAUGUAUUGUACAUGUUCAUAUGUGUCAUGAAGGGAUGUUCCUAGAUGGAGGUUUCUCCAGGUUGGAUAAUAAAGCCUGGUCUCCAGACAUCG